AUUAAGGGUAUGAGAAGGAUUUGUGUAAUUGACUAAUGAUGGGAGAGAAAUGCCAUCUGUUUUUUUGUUUAAGCUAUAUCCGCUCCGCCGCAGAGAUAUAUAUAGAUAUUUCUAUAAAUAUGUUUUCGUAUAUAUACAAAGAGUUUAGAUUAAGGAAGAAAAAUCCUUAGAUCUUUAUUUUCUUGUUGUCUUUGUUUCGUUUUCUGGCAGAAGAGGGAAGAAGGAGAGAGAAAUUGGCAGCAAAGCGAUUCUCUCUCUCUUUCUCUCUUUCUCUUCUCGUGAAAGCUGUAAUCUUUUGGUUUUCUUGAAACCCGUUUUUUUUUUUUUAGUUAAUUCCUCUGUUUUCUUGGAAAGUUUUCUGCUUUGAAAAAAAAACGAUGAAUGUGGUGCGGAGAUUAACGAGUAUCGCCUCUGGACGCAAUUUCGUUUCUUCUGAUAACGUAGGAGAAACUGAGAAGCCGAGAUCAAAGCCUAAUCAGAAUCGUGAAGAAACAGAGUCUACGGAAACUACGUCGUACGAGAAAGAUUCUGUCUCUACCUCAGAGAACUCUGAUCAUUUACCCCGUGAGAUGGGAACUGGAGAUGAUAAGGAUAUGGAUUGUGGAAUCAUCAAGGGAAAUGGAACAGAAUCUGGACGGAUUAUUACCACAAAUAAGAAGAGUUUGAAUGAUCAAAAAGACAAGACAAUCUCGUACAGAGCUGAACAUGUAAUUGGCACUGGCUCAUUCGGUGUUGUCUUUCAGGCUAAGUGCUUAGAGACAGAAGAAAAAGUAGCAAUCAAGAAAGUGUUACAGGACAAGAGAUACAAAAACAGAGAACUUCAGAUCAUGCGAAUGCUUGAUCAUCCUAAUGUCGUUGAGCUCAAGCAUUCUUUCUUUUCCACGACUGAGAAAGACGAGCUUUAUCUUAACCUUGUUCUCGAGUAUGUUCCCGAGACUAUUUACCGCGCUUCCAGAUCUUACACCAAGAUGAAUCAUCAUAUGCCUAUGAUUUAUAUUCAGCUCUAUACCUAUCAGAUUUGCCGUGCUAUGAAUUAUCUGCAUCAAGUGGUUGGAGUGUGUCACCGUGACAUUAAGCCGCAGAAUCUAUUGGUCAAUAAUGUUACGCAUGAGGUAAAGAUAUGCGAUUUUGGGAGCGCGAAAAUGCUGAUUCCAGGAGAACCAAAUAUAUCUUACAUAUGCUCAAGGUAUUACAGAGCUCCUGAACUGAUAUUUGGAGCAACCGAAUACACAAGCGCAAUCGAUAUGUGGUCUGUCGGUUGUGUCAUGGCUGAGCUUUUUCUUGGACAUCCUCUAUUCCCUGGAGAAACAAGUGUUGAUCAACUGGUGGAGAUCAUUAAGAUUUUAGGGACACCAGCAAGAGAAGAGAUAAAGAACAUGAAUCCUCGUUACAAUGAUUUUAAGUUCCCUCAGAUCAAAGCUCAGCCAUGGCACAAGAUUUUCCGGAGACAGGUAUCUCCAGAAGCAAUGGAUCUUGCCUCUAGAUUGCUCCAGUAUUCACCAAACCUGAGAUGCACAGCUCUUGAAGCAUGUGCACACCCAUUCUUCGAUGAUCUGAGAGACCCGAGAGCAUCCUUGCCUAAUGGAAGAGCACUUCCUCCAUUGUUUGAUUUCACAGCUCAAGAACUCGCUGGUGCAUCUGUUGAACUGCGUCAUCGCUUAAUACCCGAGCAUGCAAGGAAAUGACCAUUUGGGUUAAUGGCUGCUUCUCUACGCAGAUGUUGAUAUAUAAAGCUUUUUUGAUUUGGAGAGUUUCUUGUUGACACGUAUAGCAUUGUUCUGGUUAUGAACCCUCACUGACCUCUGCAACCACAUGGACUAGCAGUUUGAAAGUGUAUAAUUGUAAGUUUGUAACUUUGUAGCUUCCACUGUUGCAGACAGAAAUGCAGAAUUUUCCGAGUUUUUCUUCUAA